ACGUCCAGUUCUGAUGGACAUUGCGCGAGUUGUCGAAUUCGAGGAUGGCGCUGCCUUUGCGGGCUGGGGGUGCCGUGCGCUCGUUGGGCUGCCCGUCGACACCAGCAAGGAUGGGCAACGCGUCGAGCCUGUCGCCGGAGCGCAUCGCGCUCGUCCAGGGCGCGCUGGGCUACCUCGCCUUCGGGGAGUGCGUCGUCGCGCUCCGGAUCUUCCCGGACGGCGCGUUCCUCGCGCCGGCGAAGCCCUUCUGGCAGUGGAUGGUCGAGCGCCUCGCGGCGGAGCGGUGCCUGCGCACCGUCGGGCCCGACCGCUUCGAGCUCCUCGGCGUGAACGGCUGGCGCGGCUGCUUCGAGCGGCUCUGGCAGAGCCGCCACGGCGUCGUCGCGAGCCCCGCGCUCGACGGCGGGCCGCGCGGCGCCUGGCGCACGAUGCGCUGCGUCGUCCGCGUGCGGCCGGCGGCGGGCGCCGCCGCCGCCGCGGCGGACCGGCCGCCGCCGGAGGUCACCGUGCCGCUGCACCAGCGCGUGGCGCUCCUGCGGCGCCGGGGCCUCUCCGCGGCGGACGCCAAGGCCAAGGCCGUGGCCAUGAAGAAGGGCGGCCUCCGCGCGACGAUCUGCGGCCACGACGACGCGCGCGUGCACGCGCUCGCGCCCUACGUCGGCGCGAAGACCUACGACUUCGACCGCGUCCUCGGCGCGGCGGCGACCCAAGAAGACGUCUGGAAGCUCGCCUUUCCCGUCGUCCACGACGCGCUCAACGGCCGCGACGGCUGCGUCUUCGCCUACGGCCAGAGCGGCUCCGGCAAGACGCACACCAUGUUCGACGCCGCGGGCGGCCACCCGGGCCUCGUCGCGCGCGCGCUCGGCGAGCUCGUGUCGGCCGCGCCGCGGGGCUGGGCCGUCGUCGCGACCUACGUCGAGGUCUUCGGCGACGACCUCACGGACCUGCUCUCGGGCGCCAGGAUCCGGAGCGAGCGCCGCGCUCAAACCGCGCGGCUCGCCGGGGUCGCGGCCGUCGACGCCUUCCUCGCGGAGGGCGCCGCGCGGAAGCGCGCCGCGGCGACGAUGCUGAACCUGCGGUCGACGCGCGCGCACGCCGUCGUGUCCGCGCGGCUCGUCCGCGACGACGACGCCGUCGUGUCGACGCUCGUGCUCGUGGACCUGGGAGGCUCGGAGCGCGUCGAGCGGUCCAAGGUCAACGAGAACUUGCUCGCGCCCGGCGGCGUCGCGUCGAACAACGUCGAGAGCCGCAACACGUGGAAGGACUACUACGCCGCGCGCGGGCGGCUCCAGGAGACGACGCGGAUCAACCUCGGGCUCCUGGCGCUCAAGCGGUGCGUGACCGCGCUCCUCGAGGACGGCGCGGCGCGCGUGCCCUUCAUGGACUCGAAGCUCACGCAGCUGCUGGAAAAGCCGCUGUCGUCGCGGAGCGUCUGCGCGGUGAUCUGCGUCGGCCGCGAGGACGCGCACGCCGCGGAGAGCAUCGAGAGCCUCAACUUCGGCGAGGGCCUCCGGCGGCUCCGCGGCGACGGCGAGGCGCGCGGCGGCGCCGGCGCGGCCAUCUCCGCGGCGCUGCGGGCCAUCGACGCGCGCGCGGCGGAGCUCCAGCGGCUCAUCGCGGCGAAGGAGCGCUGGGAGUGGCGCGACGCGGAGCGGACGGACGUCGUCGACGAGAUGGACACGGGCGGCGCGGUCCUCGUCGACGAGGCCAUGGAGAUGGGCGGCACGGGGGCCAUCGAGAUUCUUGCCGACGACGGCAAGAGCACGAAGGUCGCCCACGCCCACACGGUCCGCGGCCAGGUCAUCGUCGGCGCGGAGGCCGAGAACCGCGAGCUCGAGGCGCUCCUCGACCAGCGGCGCGCGCUCCUGGGGGAGAGUUUCGAGGGCCUCCGCAUCCGGCGGGCCGGCGGCGGCCUCCGCGCGCACGAGACCCAGAUUCUCGAAAGCGCCGCUGUCGCCUCCGCGACGCUCUCCGCGAUCGAGGAAGAACGGGGCGACGUCGCGGCCGCUUCGCCGGCUUCGGGCUCCGAGAAAUGGACCUGCGCGUGGUUCCGACGCAUGGAUGCGGUCGUGACCGAGAUGCGGUGGGUCAUGCUCUUCAGUUGCUUCCGGGCGAUGUCUCGGAGCUCGCGGGGCGUCGCGCCCGCGAGCUCGAGCGUGACCGCGGUGACCGUGAGCAGCACGGUGCAGAUCCCGAAGAAGACCAUGACCAUGGAGAAGACGGUCCCCUGGAAGAGGUCCCCCGGCUGCCCGGAUUGCUCCUCCAUCUUCUUCGUGACGAAUAUCAUCAGGCACAUGAAGAAGAUGAUGACGAUCUGGGUCUGA